AUGUCCGAAGAAACAAUUUCAAACCCAAUAAUUAAAACUGAACCAAAGAAAUAUUCUCCAGUUAAACAAGAACUUGAUGAUUAUGACAUUACUCCAGAAACAUGUUUAGAAAACGAGGGAUCUACAUGGAAAACGAAACAGAUAUGUCAACAGCGAUUUUUAGAUUCUGAAGUCACUAUAGACAAAGAAAUCAAGAAAGAAACAAUUGAUGAUAAAGAUGAAGCUCGUUUCGAUGAGAAUUCUUACACAGAUAAUGAAGAAAUAUGUCUACAGCAAUUUUUAAAAUCUGAAGUAACAAUUGACGAAGAAGUUAAGCAUGAACCGAUUGAUGAGCAUGUUGCAGACACCAGUAAAAACAAAAAUAUUGAUAAUGUCGGUGAGUCAAUUGAUUUAGUGGAUAAUAUAAAUGAAUGCAAUAAAUCAUUUAAAAAAGUUUUAGGAAAACGUAAAACUACCCUAAACUUGAAACAAUCCUUGAAAUGUAAAAUUUGCAAUAAAAAUUUCUCAACAAUUAGCACCUUAUAUCGACAUAAAAUGAUUCAUACAGGAGAACGUCCUUACAAAUGUAAAACCUGUAAUAAAGCAUUUACAACAAAUAAUUGUUUAGGUCAACAUAAAAAAUUUCAUGCAAGAGAACGUCAUUACAAAUGUGAAAUAUGUAAUAAAGCAUUUAUAACAAAUGGUAAUUUAAGUCAACAUAAAAAGAUUCAUACGGAAGAACGUCCUUACAAAUGCGAAAUAUGUACUAAAGCAUUUAUAACAAAUGGUAAUUUGAGUCAACAUAAAAAGAUUCAUACGGAAGAACGUCCUUACAAAUGCGAAAUAUGUAAUAAAGCAUUCAUAGCAAAACAACCAUUGAACCUACAUCUAACAAUUCAUACUGGAGAACGAUCACAUAAAUGUAAGAUAUGCAAUAAAGCAUUCAGAUUAAAACAAAUUUUAAAACAACAUGAAUUAGUCCAUUCUAAAGAAAGCAAUCAUUAA